AACCUUACUGAGAAAUGCUGUGAGAUGCUUUCCACAGUUCUAUUUAGUUCAUGUCUAAAAGAGCUGGACUUGAGCGAUAAUGACCUGCAAGACAAAGGAGUAAAACUUCUCCUUGAUGGACUGGGAAAUACUGCAUGCCAGCUGGAAAAACUUAGUUUGGCAUUCUGUGGAAUCACUGACUCGGGCUGUGACUCUUUGGCUAAAGCUCUGACUUCUAGCCUCAAACACUUGAAGGAGCUGGACUUGAGUUACAAUGAUCCUGGGGAGUUGGGAAUGAAGCACCUCUCCUCCAUAGAGAAGGACCCUGAUCACCUCACUAUCAGGAUAAGUGACAGUGGGGAGUGUUACUUAAAAUCAGCUCUGAAGAAAUAUGCACAAGAGCUGACUGUGAACAUGAAUACAGCACAUUCAGAACUAUCUUUUUCUGAUGACAAGAAAAAAAUGAAACUAAUGGUAGAAAGUCAGCAAUACCCUGACAACCCAGAGAGAUUUGAAGACUGGGGACAAGUGCUUUGUAAUGAGGGUCUCCGUGAUCGGUGCUACUGGGAAAUAGAGUGGUCUGGGGAAUGGAUGGGUAUAGGAGUUGCAUAUAAAGGAAUCAGCAGGAAAGGUAAAGGGAAUGAACCAGUCCUUGGCUACAAUGAUCAGUCCUGGAGUCUACGCUACUGCAAAGGCAAAUACACCGUCUGGCACAAUAAGAAUGAUGAUGCACCCAUAUCUGUUCCCUAUUUCAACUCCAAGAGGGUUGGAGUGUUCUUAGACUGGCCAGCUGGCACGCUGUCCUUCUAUGCAGUGUCUUCACAGACCAUGAUUCACCUGCACACUUUCCACACUGAAUUCACUGAGCCGUUGUAUCCAGGCUUCAGACUGGGAGAGCCACAUGCUACAUUAAUUUUACGCCAGCCAGAAUAUCUUUAAAUGGUGAUAGCCCCUGCAGACAACAGUUUUUAGAGUACAGUUUUACAGUAUUGACAAUUAUGUGAACGCUGUAAAACAAAUGAAGGGAUUUCAGAAGACCUUGUAUGUAAGUGAUUUCAACAAAAGUUUUUUUGUUGUUGUUUUUUUUAAAUCGAGUUCUAGUUUUGUAGCAAGUGGAUAUCAAAGCUGUGAAAAGCUGUCUGUCUUUAACCCCGAAUUAAAUCAGCAGAAGAGAACGGAAGGAUGUAUAUUUUUCUAUAACUAACAUUUUCAAGGAAAUUGGCAACAAAUUACAUAUUUUAAAUCUUAAUAUCUAUUUUCUGUAAUGACUUUUUUUUUAUACGUCAAAGUGUUUGUAUUAUGUUUUUUAUGCUUUUGUGAUGAGGGAUGGGAUAUGGAUCAUUGGUGACAGUAUUGAGAAAAUAUACUAGAAGCUUGUGAAAUCAAGCUGUAAUAAAUAAUCGUCAGAAUGAUCCCAUUGCAAACCAAAAA